AUGCAGGAGGACCAGCCGUUCAAAGUUGCCGUUGUUGGUGGAGGAAUAGGUGGUGCAAGUUCGGCUUAUUUUUUACGGAAAAUGUUUGGCAAUAAAGUUUCUAUUACCCUUUUUGAAAAAUCCGGACGAAUCGGUGGUCGUAUCAAAGCAGUACCUUUUUGUGGAGAAACUUGCGAAUCUGGAGCUAGCGCCAUUCAUUCUAGUAAUCAUUACAUGACUUCGUUUGCAAAUCAAUUCAAAAUACCUUUGGUUCCUUUAAAAAAUGCUGAUCAUCGCUUACUUCUUUUUGAAGAAGGUUAUAGACCAGUAUUUUCAAAUAUUACUGAUCAGACAACAUUUCUAACCCCGAUUCACUUAUUUUGGCGUUACGGCCUCAACUUGCUUCGUGCAAAGUUUUAUCUAAUGGCUAGAAUUCGAGAAUUCACUCAAAUUUAUGCUUUGCAAGAACGUGGUGAAUGUUUCACUUCACCCGGUUUACUAUUAAAAAAAUUAUCUAAACAUUUCCCUGAAAUGACAAAGUGUACUUUUGCUGAAUGGAUGCGUAAAGAAAUUGGAUUAGACGAGAAAUAUAUAAAUGAAUUAGGGUUUGGAAUAUUUUCGAGUAAUUAUUGUCAGAAUUCAGUAGAUGCUCAUGCAUUUGUCGGAGUGAUUUCUUCAGCUUGUACAGUAUCUGAUGUAUAUACUAUUGAAAAUGGAGCUGAACAAAUCCCGCAAAAGUUAGUUGAAGUUGCAUUGGCCGGCAAUCCUUCUGGUGCUCCAAAAGAGUUUAUACACGCUACGGUGAAGAAGAUUACACGAACCGAUAAUGAUAGAUUACGCUUAUCCUAUGAUCUAGCCGAUAAUAAUAAAACUGAAGAGGGACUUUUCGAUUACGUCAUAUUGUCAUUACCACUACAUCAAGAGUCCAAUAUUUCCACUUCAGAUGAUAUUAAACUACCCAGCUUACGUUAUCAUGAGAUGUGUCGUACAUUUUUAUCCGGUCAAAUCAAUUAUUCGUUAUUUGAUCUACCGUUAAAACAUCUGAAACGUAAUCAGUGGGCAACUUUUCUCCCAAUCUCAAGUUACUACUCAAAUGAAAAGCAUCCUGUAUGUUCUAUAACGCGCUUACCAGUUAAAUCGGAGGACUCAGAUUUGAAAGAUGGUGUUUGGAGUAUAUUUUCUGUAUCAAAAUGCAUACCAGACCCAAAGACUGCUUUAUCGAAAUUGAUUUUAAAAUAUCCAGAUGACGAUCACAAUCGAAUUGAUGUUGUACGUUGGCUGGCAUAUCCAACCUAUCAUCCUGUUAAUGAUGCAGAUACUGAUUUGGGCCAGUUCAAAUUAGCACCAAGAGUUUACUAUCCAAAUGCGAUUGAAUUAACUGCUUCAUGUAUGGAAAUGGCUAUAAUCGGUGGACGUAAUGUGGCGUUAUUAAUUGCAAAUGAAAUGAAACAUUUAAGACAGGAUCAAAAUUCAAUGUUUACAACGUUAACAAAUUUCAUAAAAGGAGAAACAAACUGA